CGCCCCUGCUCAGCCUCGCCUCGCACGCAGGCUCGCAGCCUCGCCCCCGCGACCCGACACCGCCGACGCCCCACGCCUCUACCGCCGCCGAGGCCCACCGUCUCCGCCGCCUCCCCUCCGGCAAAGCUUACCCCGGUUCGUUCGCCCUGCCUUGAUGCGCGCAUCAGCAACCCCCCGGUGAGAGGAGGGCUCGUAUCGACAUCUCAGCUUGAAGCUUAGGGUUUAGGGUGACAAGAGGGUGCCACAAAAGCUAAAAGAGCAGAGAAGAGGCAGAUCCUACAUGGAUGUCAUGCAGACAAGUGACUCUUCACAUCAUGGAAUUGUAGAAAAUAGCCCAUAUAGAAUUCCGUAUAGCAGAAAUGCAGAAGGCGGCAAACUUGGUAAUUCAUGGUAUUUUAGUAGAAAAGAAAUAGAAGAAAAUUCCCUUUCCAGGAAAGAUGGCAUUGAUCUGAAGAAGGAGUCUCAUCUUCGCAAGACGUACUGCGUUUUUCUGCAGGAUUUGGGAAUGAGGCUUCAAGUGCCUCAAGUUACGAUUGCUACAGCUAUAGUGUUCUGUCAUCGUUUUUUCCUUCGUCAAUCUCAUGCAAAAAAUGAUAGGCGGACAAUUGCAACAGUUUGUAUGUUCUUGGCGGGAAAAGUUGAAGAAACCCCCAGACCUCUUAGGGAUGUCAUACUCCUUUCUUAUGAGAUCAUUCACAAAAAGGAUCCUGCUGCGGUUCAGCGAAUCAAGCAGAAGGAAGUAUAUGAACAACAGAAGGAACUUAUUUUACUUGGGGAGCGUGUUGUUCUUGUAACACUUGGUUUUGACUUGAAUAUCCACCAUCCGUAUAAGCCCUUGGUUGAAGCAAUAAAGAAAUUCAAGAUUGCUCAAAAUGCACUUGCUCAAGUUGCCUGGAACUUUGUCAAUGAUGGGCUCCGCACUUCGCUUUGCCUGCAAUUUAAGCCCCACCAUAUUGCGGCCGGUGCAAUCUUCCUGGCUGCGAAAUUUCUCAAAGUCAAGCUUCCAUCAGAUGGCGAGAAAGUCUGGUGGCAAGAGUUUGAUGUUACCCCACGGCAUUUGGAAGAGAUUAGCAACCAAAUUUUGGAGCUCUACGAGCAAAGUAAUGUUGCGCCACCACCAUCGCAAGGAAAUGAUACGGAUAGGAGCCCCGCUAGUGUUGCUAAUCACCGUGCGUCUGGGAAAGCUCCAGGAAGUGUUGGUGCACCUACUGCCCAUGAACACCAUCAAGCAUCCAGACAGGGCCAGCAAAACAUGCCAGGCCACCGUGGCUAUGACCACCCUGAUCCAGAGAAGCAAAACUCAAACCAGAGGACACCACAGAAUGACGCAAGGGAUGGUGCUGUUAAUAGCAACGACGGUCCCAAAAUGUCGUCCUCAAUGAUGGACGCGAUGAAGAAGAUAGACAAGGAUAAGGUGAAAGCAGCCCUGGAGAAGCGGAGGAAAUCCAAAGGUGAUGUUUCUAGAAAGGUUGACAUGAUGGAUGAUGAUGACCUUAUUGAGAGGGAGCUGGAGCAUGGUGUGGAGUUGGCUGCUGAGGGUGAAAAGGUCAAGCAGGAGAGAAGGCAGAGUUGGUCCCAUCCUUCUGCACACCGGGAGGACCAGCAGAAGGCCGCCCGCGUGAUGGGAACUACUGAAGAGGGCGAGCUGUCCACUGAUAGCCAAGAACACCAUUCCCCAACCCUUGACAAUCGGAGGAGGAAUGACGUCCAUGAGCACCGGAACUACGACCGUGGUGAAAGGGACAUUAAAAGGCUAAGGCCGUGAGACUUGGACCCUCCCCCUCGGGGGAAUUUGUUGUUUGUAGUGUAUUGCACGUGGCUUCAGGCUAUAUAUGAUGUCUGAUGUAGAACCUAUUUUUCUGUCACGGGCGUCGAAUAAGCAUCAAGCUCAUUCGGUAUGCUGGGAGAUUUGAAAUGUGGUACAUGAUGUAAGAGAUUGAUGUAAGAGCUCCCCGAGGGGGUAGUCUAUAUAGCAAACAGAUUGUUGUAUGUUUGGAGACAUCCGAUAACAAACCAGAUGCUCCCUAUUACUGUAUUGUUGAUAUCAGGAUCAUCCUCGGAAGCCCGAUUCUGCCUUGAAAAAGAAUUUCGUCUUUAGUCUGUA